AUGCCACUUGUGCACAUUCGCGACGGGCCCACGCUCCUGCCGCACACCACGCCCGGGUACACGAUCACAGAGACGCUGCAGAGCUCGUACAUGCUCCUCAUUGUGCAGGCCGCUGACGGCUACGCGCUCGGCACGGCCUGCUUCGACGACGGCGAGAGCAUCCCGCCGACGCCGCACCGCGACGCGCAGUUCCACGUCGAGACGGGUCAGGUCAGAAUCGAGAGCAGCGGGACGUUUGGCGUGGGGCCGAAGCUGUUGAAAAUGCAGGCUCCAUCGUGGGCUACAUCGUCGAAAGGAGGGCAAACGCGCAAGCAUUCGCAGUCUAUUCGGCGGGUAUUUAUAUACACUCACGAGACAAAUUAA